AUUUUUUAUAAUUUUAUAGGUUAUUCUUAUAUCAGCCACGUUACCGCAUGAAAUUUUGGAAAUGACAAACAAAUUUAUGACCGAUCCAAUAAGAAUCUUAGUAAAACGUGAUGAAUUGACACUUGAGGGAAUUAAACAGUUCUUUGUAGCUGUUGAACGCGAAGAAUGGAAAUUCGACACUUUGUGUGACUUAUAUGAUACACUAACUAUAACUCAAGCAGUUAUUUUCUGCAGUACUAAGAGGAAGGUGGACUGGUUGACAGAAAAAAUGAGGGAGUCAAAUUUCACAGUAAGUUCAAUGCAUGGAGACAUGCCACAGAAAGAAAGGGAUGCUAUUAUGAAAGAAUUUCGCGCUGGUCAAACGAGAGUUUUGAUUACAACAGAUAUUUGGGCUCGUGGAAUUGAUGUUCAACAGGUUUCUUUGGUUAUAAAUUAUGAUUUGCCAAACAACCGUGAAUUGUAUAUACACAG